AUGGAAUGUGCUUUGUCUGAUAUGCAGUCUAUAUUUUUUGAAGCCAACGACAAUGGGAGUUCAUUAGCAUCCCUAGCUGUACACAGAUCACCUUCAAGUUCACCUGAUUCAUCAGAUAGGCCUGCAGUUAAUGUCCCUGAUGAAAUAGAUAAUCCUACUGAAGACUUAAAGAAUUCAAGCAGCAUAGUUCACUCCUCGUUUGAGGAAGUUUAUUCUUCCCCAUUCAAUGAAGUUGAUACGUCUACUUCUAGUAGCAGUGAAGUGGGUCACUCGAGCUCCGGUACAAUUUUGAUUAUGGAGAAUGAAAUGCUUGUAAAUGCAAUUCUCCAUGAGUACCGCCAUGGUUUUGCUGAUAGCUUGGACAUUGGCAGUGAAGAUCAGCAAAGUCUUAAGGCAAAAGUGAGAGAGACAAUGGAAAAGGCUUUCUGGGAUGGUAUAAUAGAAUCCAUGAAACAGAAGGAGGCUGACUACAGCUGGGUGCUUAAACUUGUGAAGGAAGUCUGGAAUGAACUGUGUGAGAUGUCUCCUUUGUGUUGGAGACCAGAGAUUGUUGAAACUAUUGAUACUGAUACUCUUUCCCAUGCAUACGUGGGUUAUCUUGGGAAGAUCCUGGAGUUUGCAUUACUCACUUUAGAGAAACUCACUGCUUCUGCUAAUGAGGAUGAGAUGCAAAAAACUCAUCAUAUGUUAUUACAAGAACUAGGAGAAAUUACUCAAGCUGGAGAUAAUUCAAAUGCUUCAUUUGCCCUCUUAAUGAUGAAAGGUCUGCGUUUUGUUCUGCAGCAGAUACAGACUCUUAAGCAUGAGAUUAGCAAAGCACGCAUAAGGAUUUUGGAACCACUCAUAAAGGGGCCUACUGGUUUGGACUACCUGAAGAAAGCUUUUGCCAAGCAAUAUGGAUCUCCUAUGGACGCCCCCACCUCUCUAUCAUUGACAAUGAGAUGGUUUUCUUCUGUGCUGGUUAAUUCUGAGCAGGAGUGGGAUGAACAUACAGAUUCUCUAUUAGCUUUGACAACCAGUGAUGGGAGAUACCUUCAGGGGCUUCUCCCACCCACACUUCGUACUGGAGGUAGCAUUCGAACAGUAUCAAAAAUAGAUAUUCCAGCCACUACUGCUACAGGUUUUAGUCGUCACUUACUAUUUUCUUUUCUUCUUCUUCUUCUUUCUUCAUUUCUUUUUUCUCUUUAUCUUCUUUUCUCAACUCCUAUAUAUGUGUUGGUGCUUUUUCAUUGUGCUCAGGUUCUGAACAACCAGAAUGCAAGGGAGAAAGGAUUGAUUUGGUGCUGAGGCUUGGUUUGUUAAAGAUUGUAAGUGAGGUUAAAGGAGUGACUGUUGAAACUCUGCCUGAAACUCUUAAGCUAAAUCUCCUUAGGCUAAGGGUUGUUCAGUCUCAAAUCCAGAAAAUUA